AUGAUACUGAUGAUGUCCACGGCCAUUCUGGUUCAGGCCUUCUUUGGGUCCACUUGGCGUUGCAACGCUGCACGUAGUCUCUGUGGCAUUGAGCUCUCGACCCGUCAAACUCGCAGCUCUCUUUGUCUCUCUGCGAUGAGUCUCCACAUGCCAAAAAAGGAUAUUGAUGCGAGGGCAGCGCGUGUUGCAGCUCACCAGAAAGCGUACACGGGCCCGGUACUUAUACGUGAAGUUGCGGACAAGGGGCCUGGGGGCAUUGCGCUCCACUCGAAUAAGCACGUGCAUUGUUGCCAGACUUUCUGGAAAGCUGAUUUUGGGAGCGAGUCCGUGGAGCAAAAGGCUGCAGGUGAAGCGGCGCUGGUGGGUUACAACGUUCCUGAUGAAGAUGGGAAUGAGGCGCAGACUGAGCAGGCGUCAGACGAGGAGGCUGUGCUUCAGGGGGACGUGCACAAGUUGAGCGCAAAUCAGAGGCGCGCCUUAUUAUGCCUCGGGGAGGCUCGUCAGCAUUCACGGUUCAAGCUCAAGCAAAUCUCCUUGAGUUUCAGUGGCGCGUCCGUCUUCUUCUUCUCGCCCAGCCGCAAGGACGGAACACCCAUGCCGUCAUCAGUGCUGAAAUUCGACGUUGCUGCCAACGUGAAGGAGGAGAUCGAGUUGACCGAGCGGUACGGGAAGUUGUUUGGCUUGACAACUCCGAAAGUUAAGGAUUCUCAAUUUCUUGAAGACGUCUCCGAAGACGAACCAUGUGCUGUCAUGCAGAUUGACCUAUGCGGUGGCAUAUUUGGUCUUCCCGAGUUUGCUUCUGCCCCACCUGUGCUCACCUUUGCGUCAGUAAUCCAGGGUGAGUUUACUUCGGGGAAGCGCCAGACUGAUGUGGUGCCCAUCGUCAACGAGGCCCUGACCCGACGUAUGCUUGCCUUCACGAUGUCUACGCGUUCCGUCAGGAAGGAGAAUCUAGCCAAGAUGUACAAGAUUGUCCGCUUUGUCGGCCACGGCAUCCUCAAUCGAGCUGUGGAGGGUGCGAAACGUAGCAAACACAAUGCUGCAUUGGGCAUCGGGUUUCUGACGCCACCCGACAUCGAUGACCUAGAUCCCGAAGGCAAGUUCGUCAGUGAGUUGUGCGGCAAACGUUCUACCAUCAAGCGCUUCUUCCAAGAGUUCAUUGAGCAGGAGCAGCGAUUCAAUAAAAAGUUUGACCGCACAACGAUUUGCACGGCGGGAAUCUACUGCUCGACUCACAAGGGCUAG